AUGAUAUCAGAAGCAGCAAGAGGAUAUAUUUCAAAAGGUGUUAAUUUAAUGCGUAAUUUCAAAAUUGGUAACAGUCCUAUUGAUACUCCUAUUGCAAAGAAAGCCCAGUUUCUGAAAUCUGGAGCAUUAACUAAUCUUGGAUUUGGUAUUCCACGAAAACCUCUGGUUGAGGCAUCUCUCACAGUUGAAUAUCGUAUUGCCAAAAGCAAGAAACCGCAUACUAUUGGAAAGACGUUAAUUAAGCCAAGUGCGCUGGAAAUUGUUGAAUUAGUUUGUGAACUGGAACAGACAAAAAAACUUGAGGCUAUUCCAUUGUCAAAUGAUGUGAUACAUUCAAGAAUAGUCGAAAUUUCUUGCAAUAUCUUGAAACAGAUCAUCGUUGAAUUGAAAGCAUCGUCAUUUUUCCUUAGUAUGCAACUGGAUCUUGAAUUGUCUACACACAUCUUGAAUUGUAGUCAACUUUUUGUUUUUGUUCGUUAUUUAUCUCUUGAUACUAUCAAAGAGGAAUUCUUAUUUUGUGAGUCUCCUUUGCAAACUACAGAGGCAGUUGAUGUUUUAGUAAUGUUAAAUGUUUUCUUUACUAAACACGACUUCCACUGGAAGGAAAAACUUCAUUCACUUUGUACAGAUGCAGCACCUGCGAUGCUUGGCAAUAAAUCUGAUUUUGAUCUGUUGGUAAAAAAGGAGUCUCCUAAUGAUCUUGUUACUCAUUCAUACCUGCCAACUUUUAAUCCCUUCAAGGAUGAUUUUCCACAGUGUUAUAUUUUGUUUUACAAAGAAAUGCCACGUCUUCGUGGAAGAGCAAGAAAUAUUGGUCGACGUACUCGAAACGCACAAUUGGUUCAUGAUCGUGGAUUGAAUAGAACAGUUGAAGAACACUUGACAGAUAAUGUUAAUUCAAGAAAUCAAGUCAUCAACGCAAUCAACGUCUUCGUGCAAGUGCAUCAAGACAACGAGAGACACGCCAACGAGCGAGUAACGAAAACAGAGAACGUAACCAACGGCGAAUGCAAGAUAAUCGAGCAUUGA